CAUUGGUCAUCGAUGUAAAUUGUAUCGAUACUUUCGCGAAGUGCGUAAUGCGGCUAUCGAAAGACGUUUAAUCGUUAUCGGAGCAAUAAACAUAGACGAGCAGAUGAUUUCCAAAUUUCUAAAUUUAAUUGUUGCAACGUAGCAAAAGCGCGCGUUAUGGCCAGGAAUCGAGUCUAUUGAUAAGCACAUAUUUAACAGUUAUUCCAUGACGAUGGCGCUGAUAAGCCAGCGACACUGAACGUUUACCAAUUAAUUAACCAAACGACCGUAAAAAAGCCUAAAAACGAACAAACAGCAAACGUAAAGCGGAUCGAACAAAUUGGAGCAGCUGCUGCCUCUCCCGCGCCUGGAUAUGCUGCAGCGUGUACUGUGGAGCGCCUUGGGCGCCGUGGCGCUCUUCUAUGCCCUGGUCCGAUUCAGUCUGGGCUAUUGGAAGCGGCGGGGCAUACUGCACGCCAAGCCCAAGUUUCUGUGGGGCAACCUCAAAGAUGUGCUCGGCGGCAAGCGGCAUGUGCAGCAGGUGCUGCAGUGCAUCUACGAGAGCUACAAGGGACGUGCACCCUUCAUUGGCUGCUAUGCGCUGAUCAAACCCUUUGUCCUGGUGCUGGAUCUGAAGCUGGUGCCUCAUAUACUGGACAGCGAUGCGGGCUACUUCACCAGCCGCGGACUCUAUCACAAUGUGCCCGCCGAGCCGUUGUCCGGCAAUCUGUUGCAGCUGGACGGGCACAGUUGGCGCUGGCUGCACGCCCAAUGCCGCACAGUCUUCACGCCGGGCAAUCUGCAAAAGCUGCUGCCACGGCUGUUGCAAGUCAGCGACAGGCUGCAGCGCGGCUUGGGCGAGGCACAGCUGCAGCAGCUGAACGUGAGCCAAUUGGUGGACAGCUACAACGUGCAGGCAAUUGCCACGCUCGCUUAUGGCCUGAAUCCCGGCGAGCUGCCGCCGGACUUUGGCCUGAUGACGCGCAGCUAUUGGAGCAACUGGAGUCUGUGGCGCGCCUAUUUGGCGCUGGAGUUGCCGCUGCUGGCGCGUCUGCUGCGGCACAAAAGCUACGCGCAGCUGGCCACAGAUUACUUCUAUAAGCUCGUGUUGGAGCAACUGCAGCAGCAGCGCCGAAGGGAUCGACAGCCGCUGCAGAGCUUUCUGCAAUUGUACGCCGCCACCGACGAGAUUUUGACGGAUGCACAAAUUGCCGCACAAGCAUUUGGCUUCGUACUGGCUGGGCUGGCGCCGCUGAACGCCAGCCUGGCCUUCUGCCUCUAUGAGCUGGCGCUGCGGCCGGAGCUGCAGCAGCGCGUUCGAGCAGAGAUUAGGGCAACGCUGCAGCAGCACGAGGGAGCACUGACAGCGGAGGGCCUGCAGCAGCUGACCUACACGAAGCAGGUCCUGAAUGAAACGCUUCGCCUGCACACGCCGUAUCCGUUUCUGCUGCGUCGCGCCACCCGGGAAUUCGAGCUGCCCAAGUCCGUGUUUGUCAUAGCCCGUGGCAACAAUGUGCUUAUACCCAUUGCAGCCAUACACCGUGAUCCGGCCAUUUAUCCGGAACCCGAACGCUUCGAUCCGGAUCGCUUCGAGGCGGCGGCAGUGCGAGCUCGGCCCGCUUCAUCAUUUCUGCCCUUUGGCGAGGGAUUGCGUGGCUGCAUUGCCAAGCAGCUGGCGCAGCAGCAGCUCCUGGUUGGCCUGGUGGCUCUGCUGCAGCACCACAGCUAUGCGCCCUGCGCGGAGACCGCGAUACCCAUGCAAUAUGACAAUGGCAAAUUGUUGCUAAUGCCCAAAACGGAUAUUAAACUGAGCGUGGAGCGGCUGGAUAGCUAAGAGGCAUGCGGGGGGCAGAGUUUCGGCUUCGCUUUAUAAUUAUAGUUUGUUGCUUUGGUAAUGUUUUAUGUGUGUACAAAACGCUUUAUUUGUUUUUUAUAUAUAUUUUUGUAUUUGCGCUAGACUUGUGUGAUAAUGCUGACGUAUACCUUAAAUUAUUAGAUGUAAGCUUGUGCGGCUGACCUGCAACAGUAACAAAAGAAUGAACAAAUAAAUACCUUAAUUGUUGUCAAGUAA